AAGCACAUAGACGCCAUGUUCAUUUGUCAACGGACGUCAAGGUGUGAUCAUCGAAGGGAACAAAGUUGCUUCGAAGAAGUAUGAAGAUAUUGAGUGCUUCAAUCAACUCGUCGUACAGUUUAUGUGUAUCUAAAACGAUUUAACGAUAUGGCGUACUCAGAAUUACGGAAACGUAAAUUAGAAGAAUAUGAAAUGCAGCUGUUUAACUUUCAUUCAAGAGCCGUUUACGCUACUUUGAAAAAUAUUGUACAUGAAAGGACUCAUUCCACAAUUAGUAAAAUGUGUGAAACAAUUAAGGAAGUAUACAAGUUAAAUUCUGAGAAUCUAGCAGUACUUAUGACAAAUCAAAAGCAAUUAGAAAAAAUAUAUUAUGAAGCAAUAGUAUCACAUUUAAAAAAUAUUGAGAGUAUUGUAAAUAAAUAUAUUGCUGUACCAAGUAAUGUUCUGCUGGAAGAAGACAAGUAUCAGAGAACACAGUACAGUGAUGCAGAAUUUGAAAGUAUGAAACAAAAAUUAAAAGAUUUACAAGAGAGAGGAAAAAGAGCUACUAUUUUAAAUGCAGUACUGAAAGAAGAAUUGCAAGUGUUUGAUCAGUUUUCAAUUACUGAAGAUGAUGUAAAUAAUAUGUGUAAUGUAAUUGAAACUGAUCUUGCAUGUUCAGAUACAGAUGAUAAGAUGUAUCAAUUAGUAGAAGACUAUAGACAGUUUUCCACAAGUAUCUUUGAUGUACCAGUUACAGAAAAAAGAAAGUACAAUACAAUGAAGAAUCUCAAGUGCAAAGAUUUCAAUUUAAGUGAAUUAUAAAUUAAAUUGAAAGAAAGUUAUUUUUCUUAAAGAAAAAUAUUAUUUGAGGGAUAGUGUUCCUGUAAAUAAGUAUAUUAACAUUC